GAAUAAAAAGGAGAAAAAAAAACAAAAGUAUAAUUGUUAUCUUACAAAAAAAAAAAAUAACUUGAGCCCUUGCACACUUGGAGUUAAAAUUGUGUGAUUACUCGAAGUCGUCCGUUAUUGGAUUAGUAAUGGUUAAAUUUUUCUCUUCUCACUUGAAGUUAUUAAAAUAUUUUUGUUCCCGGAUUUAAUGGGUGGAGCGCGCCCAUUUAAAUCAAUGCCUCAAUGAAGUUUUUAAAACAAAAUGGUUCGAGAGACCCGAAACAGUUUUGGUCAAAAUUCCGAAACACAAAUACAACAACCACGUAAAGAGAGCAAAUUGCGUAGGGAUCAUGCUAAAAGGUCUGAAAACAUUUCAUCGCCUACUUCAGGAAUAAAGAAUAGUGGACAAGUUGAAAGGAGUUCACGUUUAGUUACUGAAGCUGAUUCCUCAACAAAACGAUCAGUCGCUUAUAAAAAUACUUUUCAAGCACCAUCGGAAAGUACUUUUGACUAUUCAACAGAAUUACCUGUUAAUAUUGAACAUAACAGAGGUAAAACAUCAGAUCGUCUUCAUAAAAAUAGCCCAACAGCAACAGUGACGGAAAGAUCUAAUUUUGGUGAUAUUGAUACAAACAAAAUUUGUUCACCGCCGUCAUGUUACAAUGCUGUUACAAAUUCGAACGGUCCUGGUGGCAAUGGCUUUGCCGCCGUCUCAUCAGCAGAAGAAAACAACAUCUCUUGCAACAAACCACCUGUCCCUUCAACUAUAUACGACAACGCUAUUAAAUUGGAUGCUUCAGCAUCCUCUAAUAAAAUGUCAGCAAUAAAUCCAAUUGCGUUAAUCAAUAAGGGCAUUAAACAAAAUACAUAUAAAAAUUUACGGUCCGGUUCGAUAUCACCAACUUCAGUUACAGCAAUGAUGGCACUGACAUCAUCAGCGAAUAGUAGUAACUGCUGUAGUACAAUCAAUAAUAGUUACGGUAAUAUAGGUAGUAAUAACAACAAGAUAUCUAUAAGCAGUAUAGGACGUACAAGUUCCGCGAUAAAUAGCGAUGACAGUGAGAGUUCAAAUACAUCGACUCUAGUUGUUGCCACAAAUGUUACAUCUACUGAUAGUAACAUAAUUGAACCCAAUGCAAAUAACACUAUAUCCUCUUCAAAUUCAACAGUUAUAAUAAAUAGUAUAGUCCCUCAUAAUUCACCUAAAGUUAAUUCGCACAGACGAAGCACCAUAUCAUCAAGUCGGUCUCAUUCGCGGUCACCAAGCAGUUACAGUUCAUCACAGAGCUCCUCCUCUUCAAAUUCAUCUCACUCACACGAUUUCAGUCCCCUGUCAAAUAAUGAUCCGGCUUUGGUUGCUGCUUUAACAACUAAUUCAACAGCCCUACAUUCGGCAAUAUCAUCAUCAAAGAGUUUAAGAAAUCUACAGUCAACAGUUAUUACACCUAUUCACGGUGGUACGUCAAAUCCCAGUAACAGCACAUGUGGUGGUGUUAAUAGUAGUAGCAGUAGCAGUAGUAGUAUUAGUUCGUGUUCCACCUCAAAUCCUAUAGUACACACGGAAGAUAACCGGCCAUUAGCUAUUCGUGUACGAAAUUUACCUGCAAGAUCAUCAGAUACAUCUCUUAAAGAUGGUCUAUUUCAUGAAUAUAAAAAGCAUGGCAAGGUUACAUGGGUUAAAGUUGUUGGCCAAAGUUCAGAAAGAUAUGCGCUUGUCUGCUUUAAGAAACCUGAUGACGUGGAAAAAGCACUAGAGGUUUCACAUGAUAAAAAAUUCUUUGGUUACAAAAUUGAAGUGGAACCAUAUCAAGGGCAUGAUGUUGAAGAUAAUGAAUUUCGUCCUUAUGAAGCUGAAUUAGACGAAUAUCAUCCAAAAUCGACACGUACUCUUUUUAUUGGUAAUUUAGAGAAGGAUAUAACGUCUAGUGAAUUGCGGAGUCAUUUCGAAUGUUUUGGAGAAAUCAUUGAAAUUGACAUUAAAAAGCAAGGGGUGAAUGCAUAUGCAUUUUGUCAGUAUUCGGAUAUUGUUUCUGUUGUGAAGGCAAUGCGUAAAAUGGAUGGUGAACAUUUGGGAAACAAUCGUAUUAAAUUGGGGUUCGGUAAAUCAAUGCCAACAAAUUGUGUUUGGAUAGAUGGUGUCAGUGAGAAAAUUUCCGAAUCACAUUUACAGUCUCAAUUUUCUCGAUAUGGAACUGUAACCAAAGUCAUUAUUGAUCGUGUGAGACAGUUGGCUUUAGUACUAUAUGAACAAAUACAGUACGCACAGACAGCUGUGAAAGAAAUGCGUGGAACAACAUUUCGAGGGCGUAAACUGCAAAUUGAUUUUGCUUCCCGUGAGUGUCAGGACGCCUUCUAUGAUAAAUUAGAAAAGCAAAAUACAGGAACUCGGUUUAACCGUUAUGAAUUACAAUCACGCUCUCGAGCCUCUUCAUUUAGUCGCCACCAAAAUUCGAAUGAUGGGUGUUCACCCAAUAAUACACCAAGCAGUAGUAGUAGUAGCUGCUCAGGUGUUGUUGUAUCUACGCUACCGCCAGCUCUAGUGACUAAUGUUUCGAAUAAUAAUAACUCAGCAAUGCCAGACAGCUUUUGUGUUUGUCCUUCUAUUUCUGUACCUCUUAAUCUUUCAACAAUAUCUGGAAACACAACUACAACACGUAGUCGUGGAUCUCGUAGUUCGCGCAUCGCUUUUGAACUUGAUCAUUCGGAGGCACGACGAUUUAGAUCGAACGAUGAAUACAGUCAAGGUUCAUGUGCAUCGCAUGAUGAAGAUGCAGCGCAGAAUCUUUAUGGUAGUAAUAGUUUACGUUCUGAUUCGCCUUUACUUCUUCGUCUUGGACCAGUCGUGAGUAGCUCUACAACUGGUGCAAAUAUUGAAGGGCUUGAAAUAACUUUCAAUAGUAAUAAUGCACGUCGUUGUUGUGAUAAAAGUCCAUCUCAACAAAAGGGUGAUAUACGAAUUUUACAAAGGGAACGUUCGCAUUUAUUAGAUCAGUUAGAUGAAUGUCCGUCAAGUGAUGAAAAUGUUGUAAGCCCAAGAAAACGGAUGAAAAUAGAUCAUCACUUUACAAAUAUAUCUAAAGAACUGAACCAGCCCCAUUUACAAGAUGUGAAUAGUAGUGAACAUUCUGAAAAUAACUUAAUUCCUAACUGUGAUGUAAAUUAUUUGCUCGAUUUUUCAUAUCGGAAAAGUGAUGUACGACAUCUCUCUGAUAUAAAUAGUUUAUAUCAACAGUUGCAUAACACUCAUCAUCAGGUACAACAGGAACAUAAUAAACCACUACAUGAACUUAGUCAUCGACCGUCCAAAGAUAUUACAACAUCAUCAAAUUUACCCCCAAAUGCAACUUCUACUUCGUCCACGCGACAUGAAGGUGUCAUUAGUAAUUCAUCUACCAGUGAUAUGUAUUCACAGCACCUCAUGUCCGCUUCGAUAACAUCAUCGCAAGCAGCAAAUAAAAGACGUCGAGUUGUCAGCAGUAAUGCUAGUAGCAAUAUGUCAUCGGUUUUGCAAAUGAACAAUAAUGGUGUAAAUUCAAGCAGUGAUGACUUUCAUCAUCAUGUAUCACGCGGACGAGGGCAUCAAUUGCAUUCACAUCAUUCCCAUGAAGCUAGUGGCGGGGAGAGCUCUGAUGGUUCACGUCCUGGGACUCCACUCUGCGAUGAGCGACCUGAAGUUAUUCCUAGUGAACCCCGCCGCAUUCCACGUGAUCGUCCAUUUGAACCUAUGAUAUUGCCCUUGCCAAAAUUUGGAAUACAAUUUUUUCAGCAAUAUCGAAAUGGCGGAAUGGGUGGACCUAUUGUUGGAACAAGUCAACCUACAAAUAUAUCAAUGCAUGGAAAUAGCUUAACUAAUCCUUACUUAGUCUCUGGUGCACAUAUAUUGUCAAACAAUAAUUUAAGUGGCAGUUGCAGUUACAUUAAUUCUAGUCUUAGUCAUAAUAUAGCGUCCUCUGCACCAGCAGCUAACAUGAUGAGCCCCGCGGCACGCUAUUCACAUUGGCGAUCGCAUCACCAUCAUCAUCAUCAUCAGCAUCAGCAUUAUGGUCAUGUAUCGGGUACUUCUGGUAUUAUUAAUUCCUCAAUGUCAGCUACAGCAUUGGUAAGUCCUAUGAGAACCCGCUCGUUAAGCACAAAUUCUAGUGAUUCGGAUGUGCCCGUACAACCAACUGACAGUCCUUCCUUAGAAGAACGCAUUCGAACUCUUGAUGAAAUGUAUGAACGAUGGUCUGGUGGGGGUACCAGUUAUGCAAUGGGUGGAAACAUUGUAAAGAAAAAUGAAUAUGUCCGCCACCCAGAUUUUAAACAAAUAUUUCGUCCCAAUGAAGUGGUAAAUAGUGGACAGUGGCCACCACAGAGACCGGAAGAAUUUUGUAACAAUGUUCCGAACUGGCGACAAGCACCACCACAGCCAGAUCAACAUGUUGCAAAUGUUCCUCUUCCGGGUCCUACUGCAGGCAAUAAUACACCUUUACCGACGACUCCAUCUCAAAAAUCAUUUGAUGCUGAGGUUCAUGAAGUACAUCCAUCUGAUAUAGUAAAAUCUGUACUGGCUAAAAAAUCAAUUUUUGAUGAUGAUUUCCAACGACUUAAGAAAAAUCAGUGGUACGAACCUUUCAGUGAAUCUUCACAGAUGCCGAAAAGUACAACUAGCAUUUGCACUUCGCCAAGUUUACCUAAUUUGGCAGUUACAAAAACACCCGUGGUUGGAAGUAGCAGCGUUAGUGUUAGUACUGGUAAAUCGUAUCAUUUAAUGCAGCGGCUAAGCAGUUUGUCACCAAUGAAUUCACCUCAAGCAUCAAUGUCACCAUAUAAUAGCCCAUCGCCAUCCCCAUCAGUGGGGACUGUUAAUCAGACAGCACCUAUUACUAAACCUUCAACGACAAUAGCACCUAUUCCAAUUGUAUUAACAACACAACAGAGUAUACCUGCUUCAACAAGCCCGUCUACAGCACCAAAAGGCCUGCAAUAUCCAUUCCCUAGUCAUCCUCCUUUACCAAGCAGUGCAGCACCUUCACCUUCAGCGCAACCGGCACCUCCUAGUGGACCUGCUCCGGCUGAGUCCUUUACACAAUCAUCUGGUGGACUGAAAUCAAUUAUUAAAUCGUUCAGUGUUCCAGCGCAGGGAAUGGAUGAGUUUGUUACAGAGAAUAUAGAAGGUAGACCAGCCUUUUCUGAAACACGCUUACUAACAAAAUCCCUUUCUGUACCCAAUAACACAGUGAAAGGGUCUUUUAACCAAAUAUCUUCUGUUGAGCAACAUAUGCCAGUCACUAAUAGUUCCUUAUCUUCUUCUCAUCAACAAACUGAAGAAAUCUCUAGCCACUCAAAAUUACCAUCUGGAUCUCUGGUUAACUCUAAAAACAAUGAAAAGUCAAAUAAAAGUAAAAGAAGCAGCUCUGAAAGAAAAAGCAUUAAUCGAAUGACAGAAAAGCGAAGACAUCAACUACUAUCAGAAGAACAUUCAACCAACAAAAUCAAUUCAAGUGAUUGUGAAGAUAAGGAUCUAGAUAUUUUUAAUAGAAAGUAUUUGGAUUACGAGAAAAUAGAUAAAGAAAAAGAAAAACGUGACAAGCAAAAUAAAAACCAAUUACGUGAUAAUGAUGUGUCAGAAUCAGAAACAGGAAAAUAUGAGCAAGAACAAAAAGAUAAACAAGAACGUAUGGAAGGAAGGGAGAAGAAAGAACAAGAUCAUCUUGGAAAAUCGGAUAAUUUUCAUGUUGAAAGAAAAUCCAAAACAAGAGGAAAUGAAUUAGUUGAUUGUGAUACAGUUAAUGAACAGCAAGACAAGCAAAUAGAUUUAACAAAGUAUGCAUCUAAUACACCUUACGUUCCAGUUUGUGAUAAUCAAGAUUUUCUUUAUGACAGUAAUCUUCAAACAAACAAAGAAAGUUCAACCGAUGGGAACAGUUCUUCAAUGGAAACAACUAAACAGCGUAGACAAAAAUCAUGUGAGUCGCCCAGUCGAAACUCAAAAAGACGUGCUAGUUCACAAGACAGUGAUGGUACAACUACCGGUACAAAGAAGAUUGAUGAGUACAAUAAACGUUUUAAAAUUGACCAAACAUCUGAAUCCCAUAGAAGUGAAAGUCAAAGUAAUCAAAUGCCAUAUACUGUUCCUCAAAAGUUUCAUUCAAGUCAUCAAUCUAAAAAGAAUUGUAACUUAGAUGACAAGGUAAAAUCGAAAGAUGCAAAACCUAAAGGAAAACAUAAACAAAAAUUAUCACAGCAACAUUAUGAUGAUAGCGUUAAUAUGAAUUUGGACGGUGUUGGAGAUAAUCUAGAAGAUAAAAUGAAAUACCAGAUUGACGAACAAUCAGAACACGAGCAAAGUAAUCCAUUCGCUCAUAUGAAGCAUAACUUUAAUAAAAAAGAUGAUAGUUCAUCGACAUCACAACGGCAAACACAAGUGACCAAGGUUGUAAAUCAACAGAAACAACAUCGUGAUCACUCACGUCAUAAAGGUAAAAGAGAGCAUCGUGAGAAGAAAAGACAUUCCGUAAAUGAUUCAUUGUCUGCAUCGAUUGUGGCUAAUAAUAAUGUCACUGACGAAGAUGUGUUGGGUAUAUCUUAUAACUCGAAUCGACGAUGUUCAAUAAGUGGUGUUUCGACCGAAAAUGUUAAAGUCAAAAAUGAGCAACAGAAUGACAAUCGUAAUGAGGGACAUAAAUCACCUCAAUGUUCAGAAGAGACAACACCUGUAAAUCAGCAGCAGCAGCACCAGCACCAGCAACAACAACAAUCAAAUUUAGGUAGUCGACAAGGUAAUAACCUUAAAAAUACACCAUCCAGAAAAGUUAACUUAAGUUCUGCAGAUUCAGACUAUUCUGAUGAAGCGUUAGCUGGAAAGAAACAUUCCAUAUUUGACAUACCAGAUGAUGGUCCCUAUGUGUCUAUGUAUGAUAAGGUUAAAGCUCGUUCAUGUAAAAAUAUGCAAAAACAGGAGGAAGAGAAAAAAAUUAAAGCCAAAUUUUCACAACUCAAGCAAUGUCGCGCUAAAAGAGUGGAGAAGAAGAGGUCUACUAGCUAUGAUGGUGAUUCAGAUUCUGACUUUGAAGAACGAAAUCAUAGAGGUGGUGACAAUCAUCCCGGCUUAAAAUCAUCUGGUGAUGAGGGUUAUAAUAAUGUCAAUAAAAGCAAGCGUUCUAUUUCAAAUACUAACGCCAAAAAGGUGUUUUCAGAUUCUGAUUCGGUGGUUGUAACAAAUGAAGGAUGUCGCAAACAAAAAGUCAAGAAUGUAAAGCGACAGUGCGAUGGUGAUGAAAGUUCAGAUGAUGAAAUUCGGAGAAAUGUACGCAUAAAAUCAUCACCAAGUAAAAAGAUUGUAAAUAAACGCAAUUGCUAUACUUCAAGAAUAGCUUCCGAUUCUGAAUCACAAUCGGCACCAGAUAUUAAAAUUAAAGUUGAAAAGAAAAAUAAUGAUUGCGACAUAAUAAUAAAUAAAUUUAAUAAGAAAAUUAAAAAAGAAUUAAGUCUUCCAGAUCCUCCAAAUGCUGAUAUUAAGCCGAAACGCCGUUGCUCAGUAUCAUCUUUAGACGAGCAACAAGUUUGUGGUGGUAAUGAAUCGGCAAAUAUUAUAUCUGCCGAUGAAAUUAAAAAGGAGUUCAAAGAUUUAUUUGACAAUUCCUUUGUUAGUGAUAACUAUGUUUACAAUUCAGAAGAUCAGCAGAAAAUAAAAACUCCACAACAUUUCUCAACAGAAAGUAGAAGAAAACAUAAAAAGAACAAAAAGCGUUUAAAGGCUUCAUUACCAUUAAUUGAUCCAGCAAAUCAAUCUACAGAUACUGACACUUUAACCCCAAUCGAAUCAAAUAUAUACAAAGUCUCUUCAGCUGAAAUGAAAUCAAAUAAAAUUUCUCCAUCGUUUGAUCCAUUUGAUGAACUUAAACGAGAGUCAGCUGUUUCCUCCAAUCUGUUUAUGAAUAAUAUUGUAGGUGAUGUACUUUGUACUGAGAAAAAGCGUCAUAAAGAUAGGAAGGAAAAGAAACGUGACAAAGGUCGUAAUAUUAAUGAAUAUGGUAGCAGUAUUGAACAUGAAAAAUUAAGUAAAGAAGAUCGUCAUCGGUUGAAGAAGGCUAAAAAAUCUAAAAACCUUGAUGCAUCUCGUAUAUUCUGCAAAAUUGCAUCUGCUUCUGUGCCAUUUUCACAUAAACGUGGUGAUGAAAAAAUGGAAGAUAUAUUUGGUCCGAUUUCAGAUGAAGAAUCACAGUUUGCUGAUAGCACAUUAAAGGAAUUUUCUUCACCGUCAAGAAGUAAUGCAAAUAUUUCGACUUCUUCUAGUAUAGCUGGACCGGUUGUAUCAGCAGCUUUAAAUCCAUAUAAACAGGAACCGCUUACUCCAAAAUCGCAUACGGUUGAGGAAAAUGAAGAAAAUAAACAGAAAUUAUGUAGUGCAUACAUUGAUCGAGAACGACAUCGAAAAGAUAAACGUGAGAAAAAACGAAAGGAGCGCGAGAAGUCGCGUGAACAACAUGCGCUAUCAGUGCUUCAACAACAUCCCAAACAGUUAGACGAUGAAAAUAGUGUUGAUUUAGAUGAAGCAGGACGUGCACUAGAAGCACAACUAAUGGAAGAUUCUGAUAAUAAAAACAAUGAAGAUGCUACUCCUUCAACAACUGCAACAUACCGUAGUGAUAUGACUGAUGUAUUUCGUUUCUCUGAUGGUGAUGAAAAUUCAUUGGAAAUUUUGUCACAAAAUACUACACAAGAAAAGCAAACUGUAAACGAGAUAAACAUAAAUGAAUUACAAGGAGUUCAUAAAAUUGCGCAACAGCCCCAAUUUAAUAUUAAAGGCAAAGAGAAAAAGAAAAAGAAGAAGCGUUCUAAGGAAGAGAAACAUAAUCACCAGCGACGAGAGUUGAAUUUACCCUCAUCAUCACAACAUAUUCAACAUUUUGGUAUUUCACCACCAACAAUUGUAAGACCAAGUACGGAAACACAAUCAUCUUCAAAAGAGUUAAAUAAAUUGGAUCAGCUCGAAGAAGAAUCGAUUUUAUCCAUGUUGAAACCAUCUCCAAGUUUACCAUGUCUUAUUGGUGAUGAUGAUUACGCAGAUCUGGACUCAAAUAUAAAAACACCGAAAAUGAUCCAUAAUAAAUCUGUAACUGUAGUUCCACUAUCUCCAAUGCGUGAGUUAAAAAUAAUAAGUCCAAUUCCUAAAACACCUACUACGACAAAUUUAAAUACUUCGAAUGAGAAAUUUACACCUUCAACUCCUGUGUGCUCUAGUUUUGAUUCUGCAAAUAUGAAUAAAUCUAAAGCUACACUUAAGUCACCUUUUUCGAGCGAUCAAAUGAAUGAAUCAAUAAGUUCAUUAUCGUCAUCGAUUUCUAUACCACCAGCGACAACAACUAAGAAGAAAGAAAUAUAUAUUCCUGGUUUUGACGGAGAAGUUGAUGAAAAAAUAAGUGAAUCAGCUGUUCAAUCUAUUUCUGCAGAAUAUAGUUCUUCCGUUUUAGAUUCUAAUGAUAAACUGAAAAUUCCUAUCCAAUCUCCACCAGACUCAUCAAAACAUUUGGAUAAAACUGAGGAUACAAAAUCACGAGUUGUUAUAUCUCAAGAAGAAACAGAAAGCGCGGUUUCAGCUUUACUUGGUGAAAGUUUUGGUAACUCUUCAAAUCCUGAUUAUUCAUUCAAUGAUGAUGUAUUAGACGACUUAACAGUAAUUGAAAAUACCUCUGAAGAAGUGGAUGAAGAAACAGUAUUAGCUGCUAAAGUAAUUGAGACAAGCGAACAACUGCAGCCGGAGGAAGAUGCUGAAGAAAUUUGUAAAGCUGUGCAAAGCUUAAAUAACGAUGAUAUAAAUAUUAAAGUGGAUACCCCGCAGUCUGAAAGAGAACUUCAAAUUGAUACUGAUACUGAAGAGAAUAUCGAAGAAAGCCAAAGUUGCAUGCAUCAGAUAAAAACCGAUGAAGAUUUAUCAAGUCAGUCUUUACAAAGUACUAUGGAUACUCAAGAAGAAACUACUAAAGUGGUUGAUCAACAAACUUUAACAUCAACUACUUUGCAAUCAGUCAUUACAAAAUUAAAUACUGAAACCACAGAGAAACAAAUAAAGAGUGAGUCACUUUUUACAACACCACCAACAGGCAUCCAUCAUUCACAAGCCAAUAAUCCCAUAACAAUAAUAAAAGAUGAAAAAAUUCAAGAAAAAUCGAAUAUUGAAUCUUCUGCCCGUUUCACCUUACCAAUUCCAAACAUUGGCCAUGUAGAACAACCUACAUUAGUAACAACGGCUUCAAUUUCAUUAUUCUGUACGUCAUCAACAGUUAAUACAAUUCCAAUUACAAACACAACAGUUACUCGCUCGACACUAAAGGAGAGUGUAAUUUCAUGCGACGCUCAACCACCUACUAUAUUAAUUCCAGACUUGCCACCACACUUUGUUGCACCGCAAUCUUCAAAAUCACCAGAAUGUGACACUAUACUGCUUUCUCCGCAACAUCAUAAUAAACUAAGUAUCGCUGUUUCACAAGGUACUACAUCACCGCAUAGUCCUCAAAUACAUGCAACCUCUCACAGCAGUACACCUAUUAAGCAAAUAUGUCCAGUUACCACGAUGCCUUCAUUAACUAAUCAAAACGUAGUUAUUACUUCAGGUUCAACGCAUCCGCAAAGUCCUUUAAUGAAUAGAAUACAACCGCAAAUAAAAGUUAUUAAUAGUCAAAUUUCAAAUCCAACUGCUUUGCAUACACAACAGAGGGCUAAUUUGCCAUCACCAUCAACAUCAGUUUCGGAUGGACUGUCUGCAAAUAUGGGUAAUAUACCGUCCUCUCCUAAGUCUAUAAUUGAUCAGCAUUCCGCUCAAAGCAUUUUGCCAAUGCAAAUACAAAAAAUAUCACCUGUUUCAACACAUCCAACGAUUAUCAGCAAAGUUGUAAACGUGCAAACUCAACCAACACAAGUUUUGUCAAGAGUCCCUCCUCAAUCAAAAAGUAUGUUUUCACCUACUUCACAAAAGCAUCAGCAAUUACAAAUUCAACAGCAGCCACAGCAGCAACAACAAUCGCUGCAGCAGCAGCAGCAGCAACAGCAACAGCAACAUUCGCCUCAAAUAUUGCAACAAGCUAAAAUGACACCUCAACAACAGCAGUUUAUUUGUGAUGCAACAAUUCUUAGCGCUCAAGAGCAACAAAAGCAGCAACAAUAUCAUCAGCACAUUAUGCAGCAACCACAACAAAAUCAACAACUGCAGCAACGUCAUCAGAUUCAGCAACAUGUUUACCCGCAAGCCCAGCAAAAUGUACAUUUACAAAAUCCGCAACAAACAUCCAAUCCAAUAUUCAAUGCUUCAUCGACACCUCAACAAAAUCCGGGUUCGCAGCAUCUAUCAAUGCCAACAAUGCAACAGACACAACUGAAGCCGCUUCAAAUAAUAAACUCAAAUAGUAAACCAACGCAGAAUUCACCAAACUUAUUAAUUCUGCGACAACAACAAGUUGGGCAAUUGCAGGAAGUACCGCAAGUGUCUUCGCAUAAUCAAGUUUCGCAGAAUGUUAUUCAAUGUUCACAAUCACCACCUUUAUAUAUUAAAUCUCAAAGUUCUGUUGGCAUAUCACCGCAAUAUCGAAACGUCUCUGUACCGAGAAUAACAACGCAGCAUCAACCAUCGCAUGCAUUAUAUCACCACGCAAAUGCUGGUGCUUCUAUAUCGCAACCUCACACUUCUCCUCAACAGCGUAUAAUUGUCAAAAACUCCUUAACCAAUUCACCAUCAACAACUGACUCCUCGCACAAUUCUGGGGCAGAUGAUGUGCUAAAUACAUCGUCUUUAGUUGAUAAAGAUGUGGUUCCAAGUUCGAAUACUGCUGUUGAAACACGAACAAAAGUGGACGACAAAAACGUGAAAGCUUUAGAUGCUACUGAAAAACCCGUAAAAAUUGUAGAAAAUAUUUCUGUUAUUAGAACUCCUACACCAACAGUUGUUGCUAAGGACAGUAAUAGUGCUCUUUUAAAUGACGAAUGUCUAUCAAAGUUUGAUAAUUCUAAAAAUUAUUCAAAUCAGAACACGAAAGAUGACAAUGACUAUUGGCUAGUGAAGGAAGUGGGCAUAGAUUCAGUUAUUAAAAAGAUUGAUACCAUAAAUAAAGAUGAAAGACAACAAUCGGAUCAAACUCAAGCGAAAAAUCUUGACAUAAUAAAACCGAACUAUUCCAUGACAUCUUCCUCUUCAAAUCCAAUAGAAACUUUAAAAGAUCAAGCAAUUGAAAGUUCUAAAACAACAAGUUCCUUAAGCUUAAAUACAUCAUUACCUUCUAUUGAUAAUGACACCGAAAUCAGUGGAAAAAUAAACGAGCAGCAAGGCAAUGUUCGGGGUGGAACAACAAAACGUGGUCGACAACCAAGAGGAGGCAAGAAACAAGCAUGUCCAACUUUACCACAGUCGCCUAUUCAGACUAUUGAGUCAGAAAUAGGUAUGCAAACUCGUUUGCGCAAACCUACAUCGAUUACACUUAUGACUCGUGGACGAAAAGGCCGACCACCUCGCAGUAAUGUUGGCCCACAACGCAUAAUACAACAACAAAAAGUAGCUGCAGAAACAGCGUGUCAAGAAGAUAGAGAACACCAUCAAGAAGAACAAUUCCAGCAAUCAGAUCAGAUAAAGCAACAACAGACAAAAGUUCCUGAAACGCAAAAUGUACAUACUGCAGUUAAUGUAACAUCUGAAAAACAAGAAGCAACAUCAUCCUCCAUAACAUCUGUUGCAGAAGAUCAAGAUGUGUAUGAGUUCCAUGACGACUCGGGUGAGGAGUCAAAGGCAGCAAAAGAAGCACUUUCGCAAUCAGCAAGUGCUGCACGCCCGCGUUUAAUACUAACAAUCAAAAGUCCUGGACAAUCGCCACCUUUAUCAAAAACAAAGGAUAAACAAAAUUUACCAAAUGAACUUAAUUUAGGUGAUGCUGACGUCUUACAACAAACAUCUGAACAAUUAGCUGCUGAAUGUACAGAACAAGAGAAACCGGAAUCUACGGUUCAACAGCAGCUAACUUAUUUAUCAGAUAAUUCUGAAAGUUCUACGUCAGUGAAUGUUGCUUCUUUAGCAGUAAUGAAUACACGUAAAUCACGUAGGCUUAUUGAAAAAGACCGUAGUACCAUUGAUGAUAUAAUUGAAGAUGUCGUACGUAAUACACAAAUGUCAUCAGUUAUAGCGAAAGGUGCACAAACUCCUCCAAGACGUUCUGGAAGAAAUUCAAACCUAAAGAAAGGACCCGAGACGGUAGUACCCGUUGUAAAUGCAGUAGGUCGCCCUAGACGUAAUAAGGAUAUCAAAUCCGCAUUCGAAAAUAUAACAGUUCAGGAUACAAAUGUAGAUAAGAAAAUAAAUUUGUUGGAACAAUCGACUGAACAAUAUUCUGCGAAAACUAAAGAAAAAGCAAUAGAAAGCACUGAAACAAAAGCAUCAACAGCUGCAAUAUCAGAAAAGCUAACAACUUCUCAAGAACAACUUGAUCAACACCAGAAUCUACAGCAGUCAUCUACUCCUACAUUACAGUUGUCUACAUCUGCAAUUCCUCAACAUCCAAAAAAGAAAGCUAUUGCUGCUGCUGAAAUUGAUUCUCGUAUAACAAUCACAAAUAUUCGAUCAGGUAGUCCAGUAACGCACACAAAAGAAAUCGCUGUCAUUCAAAGUCCAACAGCAGAAAUAUUGAAAGCUAAUGUUGAACCUGUUUUGAGUGGAUGUUCUUCAAAGAAGAAAGAAGAAGCAAUACACUCAUCACCAUCAACUUCAACUAACAAACAAUUGGCAAGUGAUACACAAAACACAGUACAGUCAUUGAUUACAUCGCCUUCUAGCUUGUCCAGUUCUGAUAAAGUCAUGCAGUCAGAUAAAAACACUAAACUGAUUAAAGCAUCAGGAUCUAGUCAAGUGAGUUACAGUGCAAUAGGGGCACCUACAAAAUCACCACAAGUAGAAGAGGUUUUGCCUCAACCAAAAACACAAGUGUCACUUGUCAACAAACCUGUUAGUGUUGUAGUGAAGACAUCUACAGCGACUCCUCCAAUAAUUCAGCAACACCUGAUUCAACCACAUGUAAUGCAUACGCCCACUAAGCAACCAAUUAUGGUCCAGCAAUGCCCUACUGUAAUGCAUACACAACAGACGAACCUGAAUAUACAAACACUAAAAGCUCAUGUACUUAAUGGACAAACAAUACCUGUUGCAUCACACCAGCAACAGCAACAGCAUAUAGUGAUGUCUAAUUCAGGUCAUCCAACUUCGUCUAGCAAUGUUGUUCGGCAAUCUCACCAGUCACAACAGCCCCAUCAGACACAUCAACCGCAUCAACAACAUCAACCGCUCCAAUCUCAAUCUCAAUCUCAUCAAUCACAACAACAACAGCAGAGUCAACAACAAACGCAGUUGCAACAACAUCAGCCGUUACAGCAGCACCAAGUGCUGCAACAGCAUACGCAACAACAGUCGCAUCAACAGUCGCAUCAACAACAACAGUCGCAUCAACAACAACAGUCGCAUCAACAACAACAGUCGCAUCAACAACAACAACCCCAUUCGCAGCAACAAGCGCAUUCGCAACAACAAGCGCAUUCGCAGCAACAAGCGCAUUCGCAACAACAAGCGCAUUCGCAGCAACAAGCGCAUUCGCAACAGCAACACCCACCACAACUACAUGCACAGCAACAUCAACAACAGCAACAUCCACAUCCACAACAGCAGCAUUCACAUUCGCAACAGCAUCCACCACCACAGCAUCCACAACAACAGCAUCCACCACAACAACAUCCACAACAACAGCAUCCACAACAACAGCAUCCACAACAACAGCAUUCUCAACAACAGCAUCCACCACAACAGCAUCCAUCACAACAUUUACAACAGCAACAUCCACAGCAACAUCCACAGCAACAACAUCGACAGCAGUCACAGCACUAUAGUCAACAACACCAACAGAAGCAUGUUGCAAAUAUUCCAACGCCACACGCAAAUAAUUCGUCAGCAAAUUUGCCAAAUUGCAUUCAACAACAUCCAAAGCAACAAAAGCAGACUUUUGUAAUAAAGCAAACUCAAAUAGCACAGCAACAGAAUCCGCAACCACACCAGCAACAACAUCAGCAACAACAUCAGCAUCCACAUCAGCUGCAUACAUUACAUGUUGCAACCUCCAAAAUACCUACCUUAUCUCAACAGUCAGCUGGUGCUCCACAUUUAGCACCAACACAUCAAAACAUUCACAGUACAAAGGAACCACAAAUGGGUUUCCCAAUGCAAGGUAGUCAACCGCAUAUUACAGUCCAACCACAAAAUACUGAUCAAUCGGUUCAUGUAAAAGGUAGUGCAAUCCAGCAACAGCAUAUAACAACAAAUCAGUUGCAUCAUCAAAAGCAACCGCAAAUUCCGGUUGAAGUAUCUGUUGUAAACCAACAACUAAAUAAAAUACCACAACAGCACGCACCGUUAGUAAUGCCUACCAGUUUAAUGGGCAUACCAUUGUCCUCAUUAAUUUUGCAACCGAAGAAACCGUCUCAUUUGCAAGUAGGUCAACAGCAACUAACGCCAUCACCUCCUCUUACUCAGCAGCAUAUUUCGAAUUCUACAACUAAUAAACAAGUAAAUAGCAUUCCACCUAGUUUUAAUAGCCAAAACGCACCAUCCCUAAUCUCCACCAGCAUUGAAAGUCCACCACCGACUGCAAUAAAACAGCAACAAACAAAUCCAAUUGGCGCAUCUAGUUCUAUUCCACCGAUAAGCUCACAAGGACAAUCCCGUGUAGCACCGUUAAUUCUGUCGUCUAGCAUGCCAGUACCACCAUUUGAUGCGAAUAUGCAUGAUAUCGGGAGUUAUAACUCUCCAAGUGCUUGUGUGCGUUCCACUCAAAGUCCGCCACCUGCUCACCAGCAGAUAUCUCCAAUAACUCCGGGUGAACCGAAUUUCACAUCAAGUUCUAUACGAAAUGUACCGCCACGUGAACAUUUCAUGAUAUAUCAUCAACAAUUGCUGCGAACACAAGAAUCGAUGCGGUGUCCCACUGAAUUUGAUGAAAAAGUUCUUGGUAGCAGUCCACCACUUGAAUUGCGUCGUCCCAGUAAUAUACCACGUGCUAUAGCAGUACCGCACAAUUUACAAAGUCCUCAAGAUAGAGCUACAGAUUCACCACAAGUUCAACAAGUGUACGUACAUAAUACACGUAUACAACAUCCACAUUUUGCAGAGAUGCCUGGGCGAGGUUUUUAUGAAGCGCCAGGUCGUCAAAUACCAAUUGAGCCUCCACCAGCUCAUCGCUCAGCACCAGCUCAUACAGUUGUUGGUCCACACCUGGUAGUGCCUCCACCAGUUAAAUCAGGUGGUAGUACAUUUAUUGGUGCACCUAGCGUUCAGUCACCACCGGCUCCUCCAUCUAGUGCAGCAGUGUGUUCCACUAAUUUGAAUGCUAAACUUAUUGAACGCGAACGGAAACAAGAGCAACAGCAAAGAGAAAAAGAACGAAUGAGUGUAGCAGACUUUCAUAUAAAUCCAUCUGCUACUACAACAAUUAUAGAUAAACUUGCCACGACAAUGUCUCCAGUAGCAGGACGCAAUGUCCAUGUUGGCACAUCAGCACAUGCUACACAGGCAACACCACCACCUCAGGCUGAUUCAUUACCAACUCUACUGCAACGAUAUCCAGUUAUGUGGCAGGGAUUACUGGCACUCAAAACAGACCAAGCGGCCGUCCAAAUGCAUUUCGUUUUUGGAAAUCCCCACGUUGCCCGAGCAUCCUUGCCAUGCAAUAGUGAUGGUAGCACGCCUCCUUUGCGUAUAGCUCAACGUAUGCGACUUGAACAAACGCAACUGGAAGGCGUAACCAAGAAGAUGCAGUUUGAAAACGAACAUUGUAUGUUGCUUGCUUUACCGUGUGGCCGUGACCAUGCCGAUGUUCUGCAGCAAUCCCGCAAUUUACAAACCGGCUUUAUAACGUACCUCCAACAAAAAAUGGCAGCUGGUAUCGUAAAUAUUCCAGUACCAGGAAGUGAACAAGCAGCCUACGUAGUGCACAUAUUUCCGUCCUGUGAUUUUGCCAACGAAAAUUUGGAGCGUGCAGCACCUGAUCUGAAAAAUCGUGUCGCUGAAAUCGCGCAUCUAUUGAUUGUGAUUGCGACAGUAUAAAACAUAAAGAAUACUAAGACUUUAUCGAAACCAACCAAUUUGAAGAGUAAAUAACCUAACAGUCCAAAUCUUAAAAUUUUAAAUGAUUAACAAAGUUGACUAAAAUUAUUAAACAAAAACAAAACAAAAAAAAAAUAAAUAAAAUGCGAUAUGUAAAUAUUAUUAUAUGCUUGGGUACGAUCUAAAUACACUUAUACAUUCUAGUAAUAUAAAGCUACUUUAAAGGUUCCAAAGGAAAUGUUCCAUUAUGUGUAUAUACUUGUAUUUAUAUGGAUGAAUAAAACACUUAAGAAACCAAAUUCAAUAAAAAAAAAAUUAAAGUUAUAGUAUCUUAACUCUAAUAAAUUAAUAAGACGAAAUCACAAUACAAUGGCGUAUAUAUAAUGAUAAUGUUAAUUGUAGUUUAAUAUACUUGUUUUAAGAAUAAAAUUUAUUAUAGGUUUUUAAGGAGGUUUAAGCUAUUACUUUUAUUCACAACAUUAAUAUUAA